GGACGCAGGACGCAGGUGCCGGCGAGGCGGGGGCCGAGGCGGACGGAGCCCGCCCGGUGGCACCAUGUCCCGCCAGGCGAAGGACGACUUCCUGCGGCACUACACGGUCUCCGAGCCCCGGACGCACCCCAAGGGCUACACCGAGUACAAAGUGACAGCGCAGUUCAUCUCAAAGAAGGAUCCAGAAGAUGUCAAAGAGGUGGUGGUCUGGAAGAGGUACAGUGACUUCCGCAAACUGCACGCCGACCUGGCCUAUACACACCGAAACCUCUUCCGACGCUUGGAGGAGUUCCCUGCCUUCCCUCGAGCUCAGGUCUUUGGCCGAUUCGAAGCUCCGGUGAUCGAGGAGCGGCGGAAGGGGGCAGAGACCCUGCUUCGUUUCACUGUGCACAUUCCCGCGCUCAGCAACAGCCCCCAGCUCAAGGAGUUUUUUCGGGGUGGGGAGGUGACCCGAGCCUCCGACUUGCCCCAGGACCUACACACCCUGCCGCCCCCUCUCCUCCCCACACUGCCCCCCAGCGAACCCCAAUCCACUGAGUCCCGGCUGCCCCAGCCCCUUCCCCCCGAGAGGAGAGGCCACGAGGAGUUGGAGGUGCCAGUGGACUUCCCGCCGUCCAGCCCAGCCCAAGAGGCCCUGGACCUCCUGUUUAACUGUGAGAGCAGCGACGAGGCAUCCGGCUCCCCUGCCCGAGGACCCCUCUCCGAGGCUGAGCUGGCCCUCUUCGACCCCUUCUCCAAGGAAGAAGGCGCCGGUCCUAGCCCAACCCACAGCAGUGAGCUGACAGCAGUGACAGCCACGCAGGAACCCUGGGAGCCGGGUGGGGAGGAAGAGGAGGACGGGGACACGGGGCCCAUCCCAGCCUACCUGAGCCAGGCCACCACGCUCAUCACCCAGGCUCUGCGGGACGAGAAGGCUGGGGCCUACCCAACUGCACUGCAGGCCUACCGGGAUGGGGUGCAUGUGCUGCUUCAGGGAGUCUCAGGUGACCCAUGCCCUGCCCGGCGGGAGGGCGUGAAGAAGAAGGCAGCCGAGUACUUGAAGCGUGCCGAGGAGCUUCUGCAGCGGCACCUGUCAGAGAUCCCGCCCUGACCUGAGCCUACCCCGACCCAGUGCCAGCACUGCCAUCCACACUUGUCUUCUCCCUGCCCCUGGCCCUCUGGCUCCAGAGGCGCUUCUUUCUGUAACUGGACCAAGAAUGAGAACAAUGAAAUUCUUACCUUCCUGACCUCA